AUGGGUCAAAAUAAUUGUACUCCCAAUAUUCCAGGAUUGGAAAACUGCUAUGCGAGAUACGAGUAAACAGAUGAAAAUAAAUAUCCUUAUCUAGUAGCAAAUAAACAUAGAUUGGCAGAAUCACAAAACUCAUAGAUCUUUGAACUGUAUCAAAAAUAACAAGAUCAACUUCGAUGUUAUCUGCAGACUUCUCGUUAGCUCUCUCAAUCAACUAGACGCAAUUACGAAUUUGAAGGACGCUUUCUUAAACUUCCAUCACAUCUCAUCUGUCACAUCAUGUAUUUCGUUAUUGACGAUUACAUCAACUUAUUGCUUGUUAAUACAUUGUGGUACACAAGAUUAAAUGAAGCUUUUUCAAAGACUGUCAGUAUAGUCGAUGAAAAAUUUUAACAAUCACAUUCCUUUUUAAAAUUAAAACAGUCCAAAAAUGCAUUUCAGACUUUUCAAUUCGGAAGACAGUAAGGUUUUAGAUUGGAUAGAUUUCUGAUUGCAGAAAUUACUCCCGGGGUCGAAAAUUCUAUUGUUAAAAUAUCCUACACUUACAACUGCAAAGGACAAGAAAAAGCUUUUUGUUACAAAUUUGGGAUUCUGAGAAAGAACACAGUCAGAACCAUUUGGAUUGGAGUGGAUCAAAGCACAAAUAUAUAUGAUAAGCAAACCGUUCCUGUCAUCUAGCCAGUGCUUCCCUUUUGUGUUGGAGACUUCAUCAAAAUUCCAUUUACUCUAUUGAACCUUCAGGGAUAAGUCAAUUUAUAAAGUAUUAGAUGGAAUAAGCCAUUAAUUGAAAAACUUGAUGUUGGUAUUUUUGGAAAUCCAAAACAUAUCACAAUGUAACCACCUCUUAGAUUCGAACCUAAAGAUGCCGAUUGGACUCUGUUUCAAUACUUUGAUCAUCCAAUGAAGAAAUGCUUUGAUAAUUUCAAGCAGAUAAAGUUGAAGGAGUGUAGAUGUUGCGGUAAUGGGUUAGUUAUUAAUCGCAUGAACUACACUUGUGUUUAAGAGGGUCACCUUACGAUUCCAGAAUUAAAUAUGAAGAUGGUUGUCAAACAAGGUUGCAUUACUAAUCAGGUAAAUAGAGCAACUGUUAGUUAUGAAUUGGAUAAUACGUUGGAACUACGAAUUGGAGAUCUUUUAACUUUGUACUACCUAAGAGGAGGUGACUCCUGA